AGUUGAACGUCACCCCCCAUCUUAGUAUGUGAUAUUUUUUCCACAAGUGGAAACCUCCUCUCUCUUUUUAGUAAGAGUUCUGGUCAAUCCCACUGGCUGCGAUUUCUCCACUCGCUAUUUUUGCCACAUGCCAGACUUGAUUGCCCUUUUCACAGAUGGAGGCAUUUCAGAAGUGCCCUGUGAAAUUAACUUACAGUGGGGUUUGUAAUCUGUGGGUUGAAAAGCCGGGCGUAAGGGGAGGCUGCAUUUUGAGCAUUCCUGGAUCAGACACAUGUUGAGCUCUGCCAUUGCUCUCACUGGGGGGCUGCCUGUUCUAAGCUGUGUGUUGGUUUGUUCAGUAUGCUCAGGCUGCAGAAGAGGCUGGCCUCCAGCGUCCUGCGCUGUGGCAAGAAGAAAGUUUGGUUGGAUCCGAACGAGACCAACGAGAUUGCCAAUGCUAAUUCUCGUCAGCAAAUCAGGAAACUGAUCAAGGAUGGUUUAAUAAUCCGCAAACCUGUGACUGUUCACUCCCGUGCCCGAUGCAGGAAGAACACCUUGGCCCGCCGAAAGGGCAGGCAUAUGGGCAUAGGUAAGAGGAAGGGUACAGCUAAUGCUCGUAUGCCCGAGAAGGUGACCUGGAUGAGGAGAAUGAGAAUUCUGAGACGUCUCCUUCGCAGAUACAGGGAGUCCAAGAAGAUCGACCGCCAUAUGUACCACAGUCUGUAUCUGAAGGUCAAGGGGAACGUGUUCAAGAACAAGCGGAUUCUGAUGGAGCACAUCCACAAACUCAAGGCAGACAAGGCUCGCAAGAAGCUCCUGGCUGACCAGGCGGAAGCUCGCCGGUCCAAGACUAAGGAAGCCCGCAAGCGCCGUGAAGAACGUCUGCAAGCCAAGAAGGAAGAGAUCAUCAAGACUCUCUCCAAGGAGGAGGAAACCAAGAAGUAAACUUCUGUGGCUGUUCUGUGUACAUAGUGCUGUCAUCAAAAGGGUAUUAAUAAACGUUCCACAUCCAAACCGGC